AUGAGCAAGCCACGGCCACUCCUCGAGCUGAUGACGGCCGUGGACGCCGGCCUUGUAGCUGCCGCGGACGCCGACGGGGCUAGCGUGGCGUCCCGAUGCCGUGGGAGCCGCAGCCGCAGCCGCCAGACCGCGCCGGUGGUGGUGGCGGUGCCGCAGACCCCGCCCGCGGAGACCGACGCCAGCUUCGAGUUCAGCGCCGCGAUCAGCAACAGCUCGGCGUCGCCCGCCAGCAUGGUGUUCUCGGCCGGCCAGCUCCGGGCGCACCAGUUCCCCGCCGUGCGGUCUUCACCGGGCGGCAGCGAGGUGGCGUCGCCGGUGCUGAGCUCAUCCAUGGGUGGCACGGAGUCGGCGUCGACCGGGAGCAAGAAGCGUGUCAGCUUCACGGCGGAUGGUGCGGGGAAGACGGCGGCGAAGCCCGGCGGCUCGCAGAAGAAAGGCGGCGGCCUGCUGGGGUGCAUGGGGUCAGCGUGCGGGUUGUCGCGUGACGAGGUCGUGGAGCCGACCAUGAACGCUAAUCGUAAGGUUGUGUGCGCUUGA